AUGCUUUCAAUGUUCCUGAUUGUGUGCCUAUUGGGCUCGGCCCUCGCCGAUGUUUACCGUAUUGGGCUGAACAAAGAAGUCAAGGUGUUGCGGAAAGAAACGGAGGCCAACGCAAAUGGCCAAAGAGUGGAUUAUGUAGCGCUGGAUCAUGUUUAUAUUGGUGAGUAUUUGGUGAAAUUUGCUCCAUUUCCAGCACAACUGUACUAGUCCUUACCACGCUUUUUCACAAGUGCGUGGACAUUUUUGCCACUUGUUUGCACUGUGCAAUGCCUGUAGCACGAGCAAAGCUCGAAAAGCCGUCUCUCACGGCACAUUGCUAACUCUUCGCGUUUACCAUACCUAUUUUUAGGCACCGUCUCUCUCGGCACCCCACUUCAGGAUGUGAAUGUAGCUUUUGACACCGAGUCCGGAAUCUUCUGGGUGCCUGAUAAUAAAUGCGCCUGCGAUGUGGACUGCUUAAACGGUAUGCCUUUCGUGCAUCCACACUCUAGCCCUGAUGCCUUUUCUAUAGGAUUUACUUGUAGAACAGCUCUGCUUUGACAUGUGCAGCUCCCAUUGCUGCUCUAAAGGCGGCGGCAACUCCACUUUGUUCGAAGACGACGGCAAUAACACAGCCCCGGUCGGAGUCUGCACGCACAAAAACGUAUACAACCCCAAGGAAUCGAACACUUACAUCAGCCGCCGCACUUCAACCGUCGAGCCCUUCUUGAACAAGAAAAUCACCAUCAACUUGGCCUAUGAGACCUUCCGGUUCGGUCCUCAUCAUGCUGGCGGCUUCACCAUGAACUAUCUUCAAUUCGGGCAUGCCAGCGACCUUCCAGAAGCAUAUGAAGACGCCCAAUUUGACGGAGUCUUCGGCCUCGGUCGUGUAGGCCCUAGGGGAUCUAAAGCCCCAAUCAAACAGUUGGCCGACAAGCGGGUCAUCUCCAAUCCGGUUGUAACCUUGUCGUUGAAAGACGGAAAAGAUUCCAAAGACGUAUACGACGGCGUCUUGACUGUGGGGCAGAUCGAUGAGACUUACUGCGAACUGGGUCCAUCUAAGUUCCUCCCUGUUGCAUCAGCCAACAAGUGGAAUUUCCGAGUGUUCAAAGCCCAGUUGGGUACCAAGACUUUGCAAGACUUGACAUGGACUGUAGGUUUGGAAGAGUGGAAGGAGUAGUGUUAGCAUAAGCAGCGCUUUCUGCGACUUCGCAUUUCGUAUACUCCCAUUUUUAGGCCAGAAUCGACCCCUCAUGGCCCUUUAUCACCAUCCCUCAAAAGGUUUGGGAGCAAGUUGUGAAAACUGCAGUAACUGAAGACCGCGCUGGCCAUUAUACCGGAUCAUGUGGGACAUUGAGAAGCAUCUUCAGUACUAUCAGCAUCUACAUGGGCAAUGAAGUGCAAGCCACUCCGUAUACGAGAGUCCUAGUGGAGUAUUCGACCGGGUUAUGUGAACUUUUGGUUCAACCAGCCGGAAAAGACACCGAUCAAUGGGUUUUGGGGACGCCAUUCUUGACCAACCGUUGCCUGGCGUUGGACUACAACGGACGAAUUGGAAUCGGAAAGUUUCCGUAA